AUGGGUCUUGAUUUUACCAUUUAUGAGCCAUUAAAUUCUUCAAUUGACACUUCAUUAUGUAUUCCAUCAAAAUGUCCAAUGAUUGAAGACUACAGAAAACUUCACAAAGAUGAAAUUACAAGCGAUGUUAUUAUUAAUGUACGUGAUGAAAAAUUCAAAGCUCAUAAAGUUUGUCUGAUAGCACCAAGUCCUGUUCUCGCAACAAUGUUUUCGCAUGAAAUGAUGGAGAAGAAAACAAAUAAAAUUGAUAUCAUUGAUCUUAGCCCAACUACAUUUGAAAAAGUUUUAGAAUAUAUUUACACAGACGAAGUUACCGAUCUAGAUCAUCAUGCUGAAGAUCUACUAGGAGCUGCUGACAAGUACCAAAUUCAAUCAUUGAAGGAUGUAUGUCAAGAAUCGAUCUGUAAAACUCUAACCCAAGAAAAUGCUUUUAAAAUAUUAGUCUUAGCUGAUCUUCACAACGCUGAUCAGUUAUUAAAAUUUACGACUAAUUUUAUAUCAGUAAAUAUGAAUAACUUUAUUGAAAGUCAAGAGUUUUUAGACUUCAAAGAAGAAAAUCCUGUUUUAGCAUCUGAUUUUUUGACACGUUUUGUGGUAUCUCUUAAUAAUUUAAUAAGCUAA